CGUUUGUUUACCCUUUGUCUCUUCUUCUUUCUUCUGUAGAGGAUAUUGUUUGGAUAUAAUAGUGAUAAGAACAAUGGCGUCCUCUCUCUCGCCAUCAUCGCCCUUUGCUCUGCCCGAGCAGUUCGACAAGGCGUUGCGCGUGUACUAUGUCGCCUUUGUCGAGUUCGUCGACUACCGCCCGGACGCAUACCAACCGCCUCCCUCCCCGCGGCAGGCCAAAUCGCGCGACCGCCUGCGCCGAAUGCCGCGCGUGCCGUUCGCGGAGCUGUCGACAGAUGUCUACGACGAACUGCGUCGGCGGCAGCAGUUUGAUGCGCGGCCGGACACGACGCCGGACAAGCUGCCUGCGAACGAGGGGUUUCAUCCGAAGCGGAAUCAGACGCGGAGUCAUCUUGCCGUGCUGCAGCAGGCGCGGUUUAAGGAUUUGGUGAUGGAUGUGCUGGCGGAGGUGAUUAGACGGUCGCCGGGGCUGACUGAUGCGAGCGAGCUUAAUCUGCCUGGAAACGAGACGCCGCCGUCGAUUUCGGUGCCGGUGAUGGACAAGCCGCCUGCGCCGCGGACGAUUACUACGACCACGAAUGCCUCUGCGCCAUACCAGGAACGCCAGGAGAUCGGGAUGGUAGAUGAGAGAUUACCAGUCGCGCGCACGUUGCAUACCGCGACACUGGUGCCGGAGAAAUCAACGAUGGUUGAGAAAUCGGAUGAUUCAGAUGAUUCGGAGGAUGACGGCGGAUCGUCUACCGCCUCGCCGCAGCGAUCGCCGCGUAAGAUCCUCGAGCCGCUGCGUGCCGCUCCACCUGCUCCUGUCCUCCAGGUUGAACCAGCGCGGUCGCCUGCCGAGCCCUUACGGUCGCCUAUGGAGAUCCAGAUGCAGCAGCAGCAGUCGCAGCAGGUGCCGCAGCUGCCUCCUGCGCGGUCGAUGGAGUCACCACAGUCACCGUCGCAAACGUCCCCACGAAACCCGCAGCGCGACAUUUUUGCGCAAUUGCAGGAGAAAUACAGUUCACUGGAGGAGAAAGCGUACGAGAUGGAGACGGAGAUCACGACGUUGCGGGUGAAUUUGGUGGAGAAGGAUAAGCAGCUCGAGUUGCUUUCUGGGACGGUGGAGGAUAAGGGUAGUGAGGAGAAGAUACGAGAGUUGGAGGAGGAGCUGUUUAGGACGCGGGCGGCGAAUAAGAAGAUGACGAUUGAGGUCCAGUUGAUGGAGACUGAUCUGGAUAAGUUUAAGGAGGAGAGGAAGAAGUAUGCGACGACGAGGGAGGUGGUUGGGUUGGACGAGCAUGAGAGCCUACAAGCUAAGCUGCAGAACCAGAGUCAGGUGAUUGAGGAGGUGCGGGCCGAGACGGUGCAGCUAAUUUCAAAACUGCGAGAACUGACUGAAGCCGACAAAGCAUGGCGAACGCGAGUCGAGCGACUGGGCCAGCAAGUGAAAGCACUUGAGGUCGAGAACACAAGACUACGAACGCAGCAGAGCGAGAGCGCUCAAGUGGUGCUGAACGGGCGCGAGAGUGCGUCGCUGCGGUCGAGCGCGGGUGGGUUUCAGAAGGCGGUGAUGGCGCCCGGGGGAGCGGUUGAGCAGAAGAGUUUCGCGACCUUUCAGAUGUAUGUGGAUGAGGUGCUGCGGUUGGCGCCGUACGUCGGAGCCGCGGAGGAGGAUGACGAGCAGGUCAAGACGAGGUUUGUGGACGCGGUGCGCAUGCUCGUCGGGGCAGCCAGACAGGUUUCCGGGGACGAUGAAACCCCGCUGCGCACGGUGGCCACGAACCAGCAGUCGUCGGCCACUACGAAGCUGAAGCUGAAGACGCGGAUCACGGCAGCGUGCAAUAAUGUAGCGGUUGCGGCGAAGAUGCAGUGCGUGAGCGCAGGCCUGGCGCCAGUGUCGGUGCUGGAUGCGGCGGUGGCGGGACUUGUGAGCAGCGUGGUGGAGUUGGUGCGGGUCGUGAAGAUCAGAGGAUGAUGUAUUGUUUUGAUACUGAUGAACUAGAAAUGAUUAUUGUACGAUAAUAACACGGUUUACUACUUCUA